AUGGAGGAGCGGGGCCAACCUGCCGCAGCAGCGGACGAUGAUGCCAACGAAGACCCACCCUUGUCAGAGCCACAGACACAGAUAGUACCUCUCGCUCCACCUCCCUUCCCCGGAGCAGCAACCUACGUAAUCCAAAUCCCUAAAGACCAAAUCUACCGUGUGCCACCCCCUGAAAAUGCCCUAAUUGUUGAGCGUCACCGCAAACCCGAAAAACAGAAGCAGAAGUCCCUAUGCUGCGGGGCUCGUUGCUUGGUUAUUGGAGCUAUUUUGUUUUUCAUAUGCCUUGUAAUUGGCAUAACAUUGCUUGCAUUGUCCCUCACUAAGAAACCUAAAGAGCCUACUUUUUCAAUUACGCAUGUCCACGUGAAGAACCCCAAAUCAAAAUCAUCUUCUGGCAAGAAUUCCCAUCCAGGAUAUGAGGUGUCCAUGAAAGUGAAAAAUCCAAAUGAACAUGGCAUAGAUUAUGCAAAUAGUGGAGGGGCUUCUCUUAUAUACAAGGAAAAAACCCUUGGCAAAGGAAAAUUUCCAUUAAAGAACCAAGGAGGAGAUGACUCCACCGCCGUAAAGCUUGUUCUCGACGGAUCCAAGGGGCCGCUGCCUCGGGACGUGAAGAAGAGCAUGGAAGAUACUGAUUCAGAGGUGCGUGUGUCUUUGGCUUUGAAAAUGGACCUUUCGGUGAAGGUGAAAGGGUUUAUCAAGACAUGGAAUAUGGACACCGAAGUUGAAUGCCAUUUCAAGGUGAGUACAUUGGGGAAGGGCACGAGGGUUCUGGACCAAAAAUGUGAAGCUGAAUUCAAGGGCUAA